UAUGAUCGGUCAGAAAUCGGGCAAUAUGGCGUUGACGUGGUUGACGUGUCUCUCACUGUUGGUAGUUUGUAAUCUUGCUUUCGCACAAAGUGAGGAUUCUAUUGAGAUGCGACUUCGUAAAAUGGAGAGAGAGUUUUCGUUGUCAAUAGAAUCUUUGAAAUCCGAGCUGAAAGACGCCAAGGACAAACUACAAUUCCUCCAGUCAGAUCUUUACUCGACAAAAUCGAGUUUGCGUGUUGUGGACCUACAAUUGUCAGCUACUCGAACCGAUCUAGAAACAACUCGGAUUGGACUUCAAAAGACCCAGUCGGAAUUACAAAUGACUCGGGCAGAACUGGUGGCGACAAAGUUGAAACUUCGUAGUACGCAGUUUAUGACUGAAAUAAUGAGUGCUGAAAAUGAUCAUGGAAUUGUGGCCAACGAGAUACUUUAUAAUGAUACAAAGAGCAGGCUAGUCAUACCACCAACUUUUUCUGGUAGAAAAACCAACCCUCCUGAACCACAACCAACAAAGCGUAAAACUGAACAAACCACAACGAAACUAAAUCGCCGUGUUUCUGAUGAAAGCCUCGAAAAAGCAUUUUCCGCUCAGACGUCCAAACAUGUUGAGUCGCUUGUACCUCACCAGACUGUCAUCUUUCCGCACAUCGUCCUCAACGAGGGUGCGGGCUACGACAACCUAACCGGUGUGUUUACCUGUUCUGAGUCCGGGGUCUAUCAUUUCUCUGUCACCAUCAUGGCAUUUCGCAACGACGAAGUCGAAACAGAAUUGAUUGUCAAUGGUAACGUGGUGAUGGUAAACUAUGCUGGCGGAAACCAGCAGCACAACCAGGGCACCAACUCAGUCGUGGUACGUUUGGACAUAGGAGACCGAGUUUGGGUUCGAGUUGAGGACAACCCAGUCAUCAACACGAAUAGUAUACACAUAUAUGGGUACGCUUGGUCAACCUUCACCGGCUUUAUGAUAUAAUUCUGUUGGGACCUAAUAAAUAAAGUAUAUGGUUUUGUUGAUUGUAUUACUAUGUAGACAUAUGAUUUAGCGUCUCCGUAUAUACACACCAAAGAUCCUUAUGACACACCCUAUACCCGUACGUGCCUUACGACAAAUCGACACAUUCUAUCACACGCCUCGACCAUGAUAUUUGUCAUAUAUUGCAUUUGUAAAUUUUAACAAUUCUUUCCAAGACAG